AUGAACGUUCUGUCUUUCUCGUCCCAUGUUGUCCAUGGCACGGUAGGUAACAGGGCGAUCCAACUACCGUUGAAUCUGCGUGGAUGGAACGUCGACUGCGUCAACACGACGAACCUGUCGAACCAUCCCGGCUUCAGAACGUUCAAGGGCUCCAAGACCGACGCGGCUACAAUCGCAGACAUUUACGAGGGGCUAGUGGAGAUUGGGCUGGAGUACGACGCCGUCAUUGUUGGGUAUGUCGCGAGCGUGCCGAAUCUCGAGUGCAUCGCAGACAUUCUGGCCAGACUGAGCUACAAACCGCUGGUGGUGCUCGACCCCAUCCUCGGCGACAACGACAAGCUGUACGUCGACGAAAACCUCAUUCCUGUCUAUAAACGCAUUCUGCAGGACCCAGCCGGCCUGGUCACGCUGACAUCGCCCAACCAGUUCGAGAUAGAAACGCUCACAGACACCAAGAUCUCGGACUGGAGCUCGCUUACCGCGAGUGUUACCCGGUUCUACGAUCUCUACAACGUGCGGUACGUGGUGAUCACCUCGGUCGACCUGGGCGGCACAAUGUACUGCAUAGGGUGUCUGGACAGAGACACGACGUUUGCCGUCGCGGUCGACCAGGUUCCCGCGGUGUUCUCCGGGUCUGGAGACCUGUUUCUCGGUCUGCUGACAGACGUGUUCCACCGGACCAAAGACCUGGAAACGUCGCUCAAACACACGGUCGACGUGGUCCAGCGGGUUCUGAAGCGCACCUUGGAGCUCACCGACGCAAAAAUGAGCAUCGGCAGCACGCUGUACAUCCCGUCGCUCAAGCUGGUGGAAAGCAUGGACAUAAUAGAAUAG